CCGAGGGAACCGCACCAUGUCGGCGCCGCAGGUGUCGGCCUCGUCGCGGCGGCAGUCGUGCUACCUGUGCGACCUGCCCCGCAUGCCGUGGGCCAUGAUCUGGGACUUCACCGAGCCCGUCUGCCGGGGCUGCGUCAACUACGAGGGCGCCGACCGCAUCGAGGUGGUCAUCGACACGGCCCGGCAGCUCAAGCGGGCGCACGGCUGCUUCCAGGACGGCCGCUCGCCGGGGCCCCCGACGGCCGUCAAGGCCCCCAAGGAACCGGCGCCUCCUCCGCCUCCCCCUCCUCCUCCGCCGCCGCCUCAGCUCAACCACGUCGACGCCUCCGGGAAGCCUCCGGGCUGCCCCCCCGCCCCGUCGGGCCUGGACCGCUACGGGCUGAGCGCCGUGGCCGCCGCCGUGGCCGCCGCGGCCGCCGCCGCCGACCAGCGUGGUCGCUUCGACUACCCGCCUCCUCCUCCGGGGAGCCUUCCCGGUGGCGCCCGGCUGCCCAACGGCUUCCCCAAGGCGGGCCCGGACGAGCCCGGGCCGCCCGAGCUCAACCGACAGAGCCCCAACUCGUCGUCGUCGUCGUCGUCGUCGUCGACGGGCCCCUCCUCGACGGCUCGGCGAGGGGGCCACGUGGGGCUGGGGGCGACCGGGCCCGCGCUCAACCUGCUGCCCCCGACGCUGCUCAACGGGCCGUCGGGGCUGCCCCCUCCGACCCCUCACGGGCUGGGCGGCCGCGGCCCGGCGGGCCCGGCGGCCGUCGGCGGGCCGUCCGGCCUGGCGGCCUCCCCGUCGUCGUCCUCGUCCUCGUCGGCGUCGGGCGAGGCCAAGCGGGCCAACCCGGUGUCCAGCUCGGACCAGGAGCGGGAGCUGAAGGAGAAGCAGCGCAACGCCGAGGCCCUGGCGGAGCUGAGCGAGGGCCUCCGCAACCGGGCGGACGAGUGGGCCGGCAGGCCCAAGCCCGUGCGGGACACCCUGCUGACCCUGGCCGGCUGCACCCCCUACGAGGUGCGCUUCAAGAAGGACCACUCGCUGCUGGGCCGCGUCUUCGCCUUCGACGCCGUGGCCAAGCCCGGCCUGGACUACGAGCUGAAGCUGUUCAUCGAGUACCCGGCCGGCUCGGGCACCGUCUUCUCCAGCGCCUCCGGGGUGGCCAAGCAGAUGUACCAGGACUGCAUGAAGGACUUCGGCCGCGGCCUGUCGUCCGGCUUCAAGUACCUGGAGUACGAGAAGAAGCAUGGCUCCGGGGACUGGCGCCUGCUGGGCGACCUGCUGCCGGAGCCCGUGCGCUUCUUCAAGGAGGCCGUGCCCGGCCCGGACAUGCUGCCCCUGCCCUACCUGGACGCCGGCUGCCCGCUGCUGCCCCCGGCCCUGGUGGGGCUGGCCCGGCCCGGCCCGCCCGCGGGGACGGUCGCCGCCGCCGUCGGGGGGGCCGCCGUCGGGGCCGCCGCCGCCGCCGCCGUCGGGGGUCCGGCCUCGGCCCCGGCCCCGGCGGCGGCGGCGGCGGCGGGGCCCCCGUCGGGCCGGGGGGCGGCGGCCGGCCUGCGCAAGAGGAAGGCCUCCCCGGAGCCCCCCGACUCGGCCGAGGCCGCCCUGAAGCUCAGCGAGGACCAGCAGCGGCAGCAGUGGAUGGCCAGCCAGAGCGAGGCCCUCAAGCUCACCAUGGCGGCGGGAGGCUUCGGGCCCCCUCCGCCCCCGCCUCCUCCUCCUCCCCCCCCUCCGCCGCCCCCUCCGCCGCCCCCUCCGCCGCCCCUGGGCCCCCACCCCAACCGGACCACCCCGCCCGAGUCGGCCCCCCAGAACGGCCAGAGCCCCAUGGCCGCCCUCAUGUCGGUGGCCGACACGCUGGGCGGCGCCCACUCGCCCAAGGACGGCGGGGGAGCCGGCGGGGCAGCCGGGGGCCCCGUCCACUCCACCACCGCCUCCUCCGCCCGCAGGAACAGCAGCAGCCCCGUGUCCCCCGCCUCCGUGCCCGGCCAGCGGCGCCUGGCCGCCCGCAACGGCGACCUGAACUUGCCGGUGGCCCAGCCGUCCGCCGCCAACGCCGCCGCCGCCAACGCCGCCAACGCCGCCGCCGCCGCCGCCGCCCACCCGGGCCUGGACCAAGCGCACCCGCAGAACAACAUUCCCGACUCCCCCAUGGCCAACAGCGGGCCCCUCUGCUGCACCAUCUGCCACGAACGUUUGGAGGACACGCACUUCGUCCAGUGCCCGUCCGUGCCCAGCCACAAGUUCUGCUUCCCCUGCUCCAGGGAGAGCAUCAAGGCCCAGGGCGCCACGGGCGAGGUGUACUGUCCCAGCGGGGAAAAGUGCCCCCUGGUCGGCUCCAACGUGCCCUGGGCCUUCAUGCAGGGCGAGAUCGCCACCAUCCUAGCCGGGGACGUCAAGGUCAAAAAGGAGAGGGACCCCUGAGCACCCGACGGAUCGCGCCCCCCGUCCCCCUCCUCCCCGUCCCCGCCGUCCCCUUCCUCCUCCUCCUCCUCCUCCCGCCAAGAUGUAGAAUUGUGAAUAGGACGAAACCGCCGAAAGGCAGUCCGAUGUAUAGACGUUAUUUUCGUCGUCCGUUUCUAUAUUUUGAAACAGAGGUAUGUAACUCUUUCUUCUUCUUCUUCUUCUUCUUCGUUCGAAGGAUGGAGCUGGUUUUGGGUCAACGGAAUAUAAUAUCGUUUGGGUUACCGACACGACGUGCCCCCUUCUCAUUUACUUCGUGGCGGCAUGUUUGCCUAGGUACAGAGUGAAGUAGCCCUUAGCGAGUGCCCGCCGCUGGUGUGUAUUUUUGUAAAUGUUACGCACUUCUCUCAAAGGAAAAAAAAAAAAAUCGCCUCAAAAAGGAAGAGAAAAAAACCGAGACAAAAGUCCUCUUUUGGUUUAUUUUAUUAUUAUUAUUAUUUUUUCUUUUUUUUGCCAAGGCCGGCGUCGACGCCUAAAAAAAGAAAAAUCGCUACAAAAAACGGUGACAGCUUCUGUUUCUACCGAGCCCCGAGUGUUUAGUCUUUCACUUUAUUUUUUUUUUUUUCUGUUUUGUUGGCAAAACGGUGGGGCGAGGGUGGUUCGGGG